AUGAUUUCAUUAAUGAUUGUAGUACAACAUAAUCCUUGCUACAUAACCGAGCCGACGGAGACAGAUUUGCAUGCUAAAUGCAACGUUAGCUUUGAAUAAAUCCAAUAAAUAAUGUGCUGUUUUGUAGCUAGCUAAUGUUAUACGCAAAUAUUUAUGCAUUUUCAACAUGCUUCCGUUCUUUAUGUGAACAUUUACAGCCUACGGAGUUAACUUGCUAGCUAAGCUAACUAGCUAGUCAACUGUCCAGCUAGCUAGUUACCUAAUGUAAUACCUGUGCCUUAUCCCAAGCUAGCUAACGUUAGCUGUGUAGCUAGCAACAGUAAAGCUAGCGAACAACAAAGAAAACACAUCAAGAUGUCCUUCAACAAAUCUAACGUCAAGAAAUAUUGUCCAAAUCAAAUGUGUUGGUCACAUUCAAAUAUUUAGCAGAUGUUAUUGCGGGUGUAGCGAAAUGUUUGUACUCCAACUGAAUGAUAUCUUGAUGAUGUACCCGCCUCAGCUGAAUCAUUAAAUUUGGCAACAAUCCUGAAGGACAAGAACCGGAAAACACAUGAACGCUCGUGUUCCACAUGUCCGCUGAAAUGGAAGGACUGUGACUAACGGACCAUGGAGUACACCACCGCCACCACCUCAACAGGGGAGCAGAUAGUCGUGCAGACGUCCAACGGACAGAUCCAACAACAGACUCAGGGCACAAUGACGGCUGUGCAGCUGCAGACCGAGGCGCCGGUAUUGACGGCCUCUGGCCAGCAGGUGCAGACACUCCAGGUCCAAGGCCAGCCCCUGGUGGUGCAGGUGAGCGGAGGGCAGCUGAUCACAUCGUCAGGGCAACCCAUCAUGGUGCAGGCUAUGGGGGGGGGACAGGGACAGACCAUCAUGCAGGUGCCUGUGUCUGGAGGACAGGGACUACAACAGAUCCAGCUACAGGGGGGACAGCAGAUCCAGCUACAGAACGGUCAGACGAUCCAUCUAGGGGGUCAGCAGAUCCAGCUGCAGAACGGCCAGAUGUUACAGCUAGGGGGACAGCAGGGUCAACCCCAACAGAUCAUCAUCCAACAGCCACAACAAGCCAUCACAGCCGGACAGAACCAGGGCCAGCAGAUCCAGUUGCAGCAGGGCCAGCAGAUCCAGUUGCAGCAGGGCCAGCAGAUUCAGUUGCAGCAGGGCCAGCAGCUUGCGCAGACAGCUGAUGGACAGACCAUCGUCUACCAGCCAGUCAACGCAGAUGGCACCGUCCUGCAACAGGGAAUGAUCACCAUCCCAGCAGGCAGCCUGGCGGGGGCCCAAAUGGUACAGACAGGUGGUGCCAACACCACCACUACCAACAGUGGACAGCAGGGCACUGUGACCGUCACCCUGCCAGUCUCAGGCAACAUGAUGAAUGCUGGUGGCAUGGUCAUGAUGAUGCCUAGCGGGGGUGCGGUUCCUGCUAUGCAGCGUAUCCCUCUACCUGGGGCUGAGAUGUUAGAGGAGGAACCGCUGUACGUCAACGCUAAACAGUACCAUCGCAUCCUGAAGAGAAGACAGGCCCGCGCCAAGCUGGAGGCAGAGGGCAAGAUCCCCAAGGAGAGGAGGAAAUAUCUGCAUGAGUCCCGUCACCGCCACGCCAUGCAGCGCAAGAGGGGAGACGGAGGACGCUUCUUCUCUCCCAAGGAGAGGGAGGAGAUGGCCCUGGCCCUGGCCCAGCAACAGGCAGAGCUGGCCGCCCAGGCAGGAGACGACUCUGUAGCCCAGAUGGUCCGUGUUUCGUAGCAUUCUACACCCCGACAACGUCUUCCUCCGUAUAUACACCUCUCGCUAAGCUUGGCCGAUAUACCGUAUACCGGGGUAUUUCCAAAUACCGACAGUAUGAUUUUCAAUACCGUUUAAAAUAAUAAAUACCAUAAUAUUUUUGUUCGGGGGUGCGUGCUACACCACCGCUUAGAAAUCUAAAAUGUGUCAUAAAAAGGAUAUCCUGUUCAGGGCUCCAGCUAGUUUAUUGUGUAAUAUUAUAUAUAUAAACUAGAUGUAUGUAUAUAUGUAUAUAUAUAUAUAUACAUACACACAUCUAGUUUAUAUAUAUAUAUACACACAUCUAGUUUAUAUAUAUAUAU